GCUCGUGUGUGCGGGGGGGCGGUGUGCGGUGCCGGUGCGUGUGUGUGCGGUGUGCGUGUGUGUCAGCGUGGGGGCUCCGGUGCGUGCGAGCGUGUAUGUGUGUGUGUCUGCGUGCGGUGCCGCUGCGUGUGUGGGUUACCGUGCGGUGCCGUGUGUGUGCGCGGGGGUGCGGUGCCGGGUGUGUGUGUAUGUGCGGGGGUGCGGUGCCGGUGCGGUGCCGGGUGUGUGUGUAUGUGCGGGGGUGCGGUGCCGGUGCGGUGCCGGGUGUGUGCGUGCGCGGCCGGCGCGGCGCGGCGCGGCGCGGGGGGGCUGUGCGGGGCGCGUACGCCGGGCGGACCCGGCGGGGCGCAGCUCGGGGCCGGUCGCCGGCAGGGCCGGUCGCCGCCACCGCACGGCGUAUGUAGUACGGCGCUGGGCGGCUGCCGGAGGGUGAAUGAAGCGAGGAGGAGGCGGCGGCGGCGGGGGAGGCGGCGCUGGCGCUGGGAUGUGCCCGGCAGCAGCUCCGCUCCGCUUCACUCAGGGCCCAGGCCGGCUGCAGACGCCACCCGAUCAACAUUGCAGGCCAAGCCACAUGGGCAAGCAAUACAAGCUGUGAAUUUAUUCCUGACCCCGUAGGACAGUGACCACCGUCAUUUUCGUCUUCACCGUACCGUUAUGCACUGCCAAUAAGUGAAAAGGUCAAGAAAAGCAGUAGCUCAGUGGCUGAAUUUUUCUCAAGUGCUUUACAGCAGGGAAAGUGGGGAAACCUCUUAAAGUGGUGUCUUAUUCAAUCCUGGAGCACAGGGGAAGAGUUUUAAUGCAAAAUACCAGAAAAAAAAGUCUGCAACAUCUCCUGUGAAGGGGGGAAAGGAGAUCAACAAUUGCAUCUUGGAACACUCAUUAUUUGAGGCCAUAUGUGUCCUUUGAACUCUGAAGAAGCUGUGCCAAAAGGAAGCCUUCUUCUCCUCCCCUCCUCCCAUCGUGGAGCCGCUCUUAGAUAAUUGCAAUUAGUAGACAAUGCGGAGCGAACCCAAAUGUGAAGUUCAUGGCUCUACCUUACUUUAUUUGAAAGAGGAAAGCCAGUGAGGACGUGUGAACAAUUCAGCAGCUUCUGAAAAAUCUUCAUGCUUAAAGGAUAAUCCAGAAUUCCCUGAAGAAGAACAUAGUGAAUGUUAAUCCAGAGGAGCUGUCGGAGGAUAGUGCUCACAGGGAGAUGAUUCCUCAUGAAGUCACUGGAUCCCCUGCAGAAAUCAAAUGUGACUUUCCAUUUAUCAGACUGAAAUCAGAGCCAGCCAGACAGUGAAGCAAGCACAGUGGAGGGGGGACGGCGAAAGAUGAAAUCCAACCAAGAGCGGAGCAAUGAAUGCCUGCCACCUAAGAAGCGAGAAAUCCCUGCCACCAGCCUGCCUUCGGAGGUGAAGCCGGUCCUGCCAAGCGAAAACCACCGUGCAGAUAACCUGGCAUGGCUCCCCAGCACACCCAGUGGCCAGGGCGGCCUGGGGGGCCGGCACCGGCCCGGCGGCACUUCCUCGGUGGAGGCAGGCUUGCAGCAGGGUUUGCACAAGUCACUGUCUGCAGGGCUGGACUAUUCCCCGCCGAGUGCGCCCAGGUCCGUUCCAGCCUCUACCACUCUUCCCACAGUGUACUCGCCCGCCCUCUCCCAGUCAGGGACCCCCGUUUCCCCCGUGCAGUACACUCACCUGCAGCACACCUUCCAGUUCGUCGGGCCCCAGUACAGCGGGUCGUACACGGGAUUCAUCCCCUCGCAGCUGAUUUCCCCAACAGCCAAUUCUGCGACUGGCGCCGUGGCGGCGGCCACAGCCGUUGCGACCACUCCAUCCCAGCGCUCCCAGCUGGAGGCUUAUUCCACUUUGCUGGCCAGCAUGAGCGGCUUAAGCCAGCAGGGGCACAAAGUUGAGCCGCACCUGGUCAGGACGCCUGGACUGAUUGCUGCUGGGUCUCCUCCACCCGCCCAGCAGAACCAGUACGUCCACAUUUCCAGCUCUUCCCAGAACACUGUCAGAAAUGUCUCUCCUCCAACCAUCCCAGUCCCCCUGCACCCACAUCAGACAGUGAUCCCGCACACCCUCACCCUCGGCCCUUCCUCCCAAGUGGUGGUGCAGUACACUGACUCGGGGGGCCACUUUGUCACCAGAGAUCCCCCCAAGAAACCCGAGAGCAGUCGGCUGCAGGCGAUGCAGGCCAAGGAGGUACUGAACGGCGAGAUAGAGAAGAGCCGGAGGUACGGCAUUUCGCCUUCUGCCGACAUGGGUCUAGUCAAAGCAGGCAAUAAACCAGCUCCCCAUCAUUAUGAGACCAGGCACGUGGUGGUCCACUCGAGCCCCGCUGAGUACGGCGUGCGUGAUUCCUCAGGUGUCCGAGCCUCUGUCAUGGUGGUCCCCAACAGCAGCACACCCACGGCAGACAUGGAGGUGCAGCAGGCCGCCAAUCGUGAGACCUCUCCUUCAGCCCUCAAUGACAAGGGAAGUUUGCACUUAGGAAAGCCAACCCACCGGUCCUAUGCCUUGUCUCCGCAGCAGGCUCUGGGCCACGAGGGGGUGAAGGCGGUGGCCACGCUGUCCCCUCACACCGUCAUUCAGACCACCCACAGCGCCUCCGAGCAACUCCCUGUGGGGCUGCCGGCGACAGCUUUCUACACUGGGACCCAGCCGCCGGUGAUCGGCUACCUGAGCGGCCAGCAGCAAGCCAUCGGCUACCCCGGCAGCCUGCCGCAGCACCUGGUGAUCCCGGGCACCCAGUCCCUGCUGAUUCCGGUCGGCAGCGCGGAUGUGGAGCCGUCGGGAGUCACGCCUGCGAUCGUCACGUCGUCUCCUCAGUUUGCAGCAGUGCCUCACACGUUCGUCACCACCGCCGUCCCCAAGAGCGAGAACUUCAGCGCGGAGCCCCUCACCACCCAGCCCGCCUACCAGGCCACCAUGGUGCAGGCGCAGAUCCACCUGCCUGUGGUGCAGUCCAUCGCCUCCCCUGCCGCCGCGCCCCCCACGCUGCCCCCUUACUUCAUGAAGGGGUCGAUCAUCCAGCUGGCCAACGGGGAGCUGAAGAAAGUAGAGGACUUGAAAACAGAAGACUUCAUACAGAGCGCGGAAAUUAGCAAUGACCUGAAAAUCGACUCCAGCACCGUGGAGAGGAUCGAAGACAGCCAUAGCCCGGGCAUCGCCGUCAUACAGUUCGCGGUGGGGGAGCAUCGAGCACAGGUCAGCGUGGAAGUCUUGGUAGAAUACCCUUUUUUUGUAUUUGGACAAGGCUGGUCAUCCUGCUGCCCUGAAAGAACCAGCCAGCUCUUUGAUUUGCCAUGCUCCAAACUCUCGGUGGGGGACGUCUGCAUAUCGCUCACGCUCAAGAACCUGAAGAACGGCUCUAUUAAAAAGGGCCAGCCCAUGGACUCAGCUAGUAUCUUGCUGAAGCAUUCAAAGAAUGACAGUCUAGCUGGAAGUAGACACAGGUAUCCGGAGCAGGAAAACGGGAUUAAUCAGGGAAGCGCACAGAUGUUAGCUGAGAAUGGUGAACUGAAGUUUCCGGACAAAAUAGGAUUGCCUGCAGCACCUUUGCUCACCAAAACAGAACCCAGCAAGCCCCCAGCAACGAGGAAGAGGAGGUGGUCAGCCCCCGAAACACGAAAACUAGAGAAAUCAGAAGAGGAGCCACCUUUGACUCUUCCCAAGCCUUCUUUUAUUCCUCAGGAGGUUAAGAUUUGCAUUGAAGGUCGAUCCAACGUAGGAAAGUAAAAGUUGUUUGGGGAAAGGAAAUUAGGCUAUCCCUUGUCAUUUUUAUCCAGAUUACUGUACUGUAGACUAAAUAACCCAGUAUUUACAUGUUAUCAUCUUAUUUUAGGUUUAUGUUAUAACCUUGUUGUUAUAGUUGCAGCUGGUAUUAUGCAGGAGACUGGUGCAUAUGUUUUUCCACAAGUGUUUGUCAGUGACUAGGUUUAUCGAGAGCUACAGAAGGGGCAGUAUCUGCUUCACACACCCUUAGUGGAAAUGAAUGUGUUGUCAUGGCUCCUGUUUUCUAACACCUCGUGUAGGACAGGGUCCAGCUGUGAUUUUGUUUUCUUUUCAUCGCUGUUUUUUUGUUUUGUUUUGAUUUUGUGUUUGUUUUGUUGUUUUGGUUCCUGUUCUAGGUUUUUAGGGGGGAGGUGAGGAGAAGGGAACUGUAGCAGAGGUGUGUGUCAAACACGGGGUGCGUGCGUGUGUGUGUGCGUGUGUGCGUGCCAGCCCCCUGGGCGGGACGGCCGCUCUCUGGCAGGUUGGUGAUGAGGCUUCCUCACCCCAGGUGGAUGCUGAGGACACAACCCUUGGGUGUGUUACUGAGAAGGAUCAGACAGUCUCCGAUGUUUUCAACAACAAGCCAACUCUUACUCAAGGCUCUACUAUACAUAUAUAUAUAUAUAUAUAUUUGUGUGUGUGUAUAUGUAUAUAUAUAUUUUUCCCCCAUGGGGUCUGACUGCACUGAUUUUUAUUCCUAAAGCAAACUGCCACACCACAUUUCCUUUCUGCUUGCUAGUGCAGUUCCAUUGCCUGGAGUCAGCGAUGGUGAGGCUGCAGGGCCUGUGGCGCCAGUGGCCCUGCAGGGUGUCCCUGGAGGGCGGGGGUGGGUGCGUGCGUGUGGCGUGGGUGUGCUUGGGUGUGCGAGGAGGCCUCUGCCUCUGGCUCUGCGGAUGCGCCUGGCUCAGGCUCACUCCUGUUUCUGUGCAGUGUUAGACAAAUCGACCGGGUUACGCCAUUGACAUUUGCUUCCACAAGGUAGAUGCAGACUGCCCCUUUGAGAUCACAGGCAUCCAUCGUUUGCAGUUAGGUUGCAAAUCUUUGUCUUUAACUCUAUAGUACUGGUUUUAGUUCAUGGUUAUGGACAACUGGUGCCACUUUUUUCAAAUUGCGGUGUGUGACACAGGAAUCCGCUGUUGAAGAUGAACCUAGAAUGUCUUUAAGCACUUAAAAUGCUGUUCACACUUUAUUGCUGAGCAUCCUGGUCUAACACUCAGUACGUACUGUAUAUCACUUUAAUCUGCUCGGAAAGCAACAACAACAAACAAACAAAUCUCUUCAACACUGUAACUACAUGCAACUAUGUAAAGUUUUCUCACAGGCAAGAUGCUGAAAGUUUUAAUGUGGUUUCAAAGGGAUGAAUGUGAAUUAUUGAACUAGUAUGUGACAGUCAUUGUCCACAAAGGACUACUUAAUAGGAGGCACUUUUUAAACUUUAAUGCUUGAGAAAGAGUUAAAGGCAUAUGUGAGCUGACAUAAUAAAAAAAAAUAAGAGAAAGGAAAAAGGAAAGAGGAAAAAAAAUCAUUGUCCAGUGUUUUUGAAAAAGAUGGACUUUAAAGAAUCUUGCAAUUUGCACAUCUUGAGUUUAUCAUUUGUGUGGUAUUCCUGCAGUUUUUACCUAAUAAUGUUGUGGGGUGGGGGGGUCUGAAAGAGCAUAAACAAAUGUAGCAAUUACUCACUAACCUGCCUAAGCUCUAGGCCAUUUCAUAGGGUUAUGUUCCUUUCAGAGUUCAUUUUUGGUCUUUCUACCGUAUUGGCCACACAGAACCAGGUCCUACCAGGACACCUCUGAGAAUUUUUCUUCAGACUUGCUGAGAGAGUUUUCCAGAAAAAAAACAUUUCUAUAAGUAAGCAAGGUGUUUGUUUGUUUUGAAAACAAACCUAUUGUUAUUUUAUUAUUAUAAUUAUUAUUAUUAUUAAUUUUAAUUGCAUCAUUUUCCAUUGGAAAGGCGACAUUUCAAGAGUUGGGUACAAACCAAGUAGGAGCGGGGGGAUUCAUGCGUUCAGUCUUUUUUUUCCCCAGGUAGGGCCGGAUCCUCUGAGGUGCUGUGCACCCAGCCUCCUGCACGAGCCUCCGGGAGGCGCGAGUAUGAAGUGUGCCUGGGCUGAGUGCUAAAGCCUGUCGCUGCCUCUUGAAAGAUCCCAGUGGGAUUUCAGUGGGAUCGUGCUCGGGCCCUCCGUGAGCAAGCGUUGGUGUCGUCGUUUUUGGUUGGCGAGUUCACAUCCUUCAGGUAGUUUUGAAGAAGCUGUACUCACAGGGAGAACAGGAAAUCAAAGUCUGUCAUUAGAAACACAGUAACCUAAAGUGAACAAAUUUAUUUAAAGUCUUGUUUUCCCUCUCCCCUGAAAUACAGUACUUUUCUUUAAGAGAAGAAAUGUUAACCCCAAACCCCAUCUUUGACUCUCGUUACUUGUUACUUGAAAUUUAGCUCACACCAGACCUAAUUGUUUUUAUACCAUAUUCUGGGGUGCACCAAAAAGUUGAAAUAUGUUUAAAAUAGCUUGAAACUUUUUUUGAAUUUCCUUGAAUUUUAUUAACCUCUCGGCAGGCUACCAAAUAGCUGAGUGGGUUUCUUCUCACAAUCACACAGCUUAGUUAGUGCUUAUUUGUUAAUAUUUCUGCUCAGAGAAGUUGCUUAAUCUUCCAUAUACUCUGCUCAGGGCACUUGCAAUUUAUUGUUUCGUUUUGUUUCUUGUUUUGUUUUUUUUUUUUAAGCUUUGAUGGUAAAGGAAUAGAAAGAAUUACAGUUUAGUUCACAGUCGUACCACUAUUUCUGUACUUCACGUGUACUUGGAAAAAAAGAAAUCUCAAGUAAAACCAUACGCAUACACAUUUGUGGUUAAUAAGGAAGCAGGGGCUAUUAAACUGACUGGAUCUAUUCAACUAACACUAAAAAAAUAAAAAAAUAAUAAUAAUAAAAAAAUACAUUUGGAGCAAUAGGAAUGUAUUAGUUCUGUGCUUGUAUUUCAGACUGAGGAAUUCUGAAAUAACUGGUUCUUUCCAAACAAUUGUCCCCUUCCAUGCUUUAGCUUUUGUAGGAUGUGCAAUAUUUUACGUGCCAACUUGGACUCACCUGUGCGGUGUUAGCUAGAUCUCAUACCCACUUCUGAUUUCCCCUGAUUUUUUUCUCUUUUGAAUUAUUUCUUUUUUACUUUUCUUCCUGCCCCCCAUCCCCAUUAAUAAGUCCCUCCCUGUCCUCCCCCCUCCAAAAAACCCACUCCAUAUUAAGGGUAGAAGAUCCCUUGCCCCGGGAAACACAAACCCAUUUUGUAUUUGUUGUUUAAAGAGAUCCAGGAAGAAAAAAAAGGCAAAAAAAAGAGAUGCGUUCAUGUCUACAUGGCAUCCAGGCAGAGGGUGGCACUCAACCCUACGGCCGAGUGCCGCCUUCUGCCUGGACACACGCACAGGAGGGGGCUCCCACCGGGGCCAAGUCCUUUGCAAGGCGGGGCUUUGCCUCUCCCUCUGGCACUGAGCAUCCCUUGUGGUGUGGCCCCAAGCCCAGGAGUGCCAUCGAUCCCAGGGCAGGUGCAAAACACCACUCGCAGGCACGGGGAUGCUGAGGUGAGGCCGAAGGAGGAGGCUCGGCCUCUGCUCUGUGUGGCGGCUGCUUUGCAAUAGUAACUAACAGCAGUUUUCUUUUUCUCUGUCUGUUUCUUUCCUUUUGUAGCAGGCCUCUUUAGUUUACAACAAAAUGCAUACAAUCACCAAGAAAUUAGUCAGGGCAAAGAAAAAUAAAACAAGAACCUCUUUAUAGGGAUUUCUAAAAAAAAUCUAUUUGUCUGUCUAUCUAUCUAUCUAUCUAUCUAUCUAUCUAUCUAUCUAUCAUCUAUCUAUAUAUCUCUAUAUAUAAAGUGACUGUUCCUUAUAGUGUUUAACUUUGGCAUUGUUUCAGUUUGUCUGGGCCACAUCGUGGGGAAUUUGAGUUUGAUGUCACUUACCUCGAGUCCUCUGGUCGAGACCCGAAUCGGAGUCGCUGUUGACCUAUUUUACCAUUUUGUACCUUGCCCUUAGGCUUGCUUUCCCUCGAAGAUGCAGACCUCGGGAGGAGGGGAGGGACACACGUUCCUUUUUUCAUUCCUUUAAUUCCUUCGUCCCACUGUCGCUUCGUUCGACCUGUCGUUCCCGUCAUUUUCUCAGCAUGAGGAAGUGACAUCACUACUCUUGUUUCCCUUAAAUCAAGGAACAUUUAGAAACCUUUCACACCUUUUACUCAGGGAUGGGGCUGGCGUAUGUGUGGUACACUGAUGUGACCAGAAGCAGCACUUUUACUGCUCCGGAGUAGGGAUGUACAAUGUUACAGACAAGUUUGGAUUUCCUGCAUCUCACAGUUUAAACUUUGUAGAUCUCACUUAGAUUGCAAUACAAAAGCAGCAGGCUCAGCAUGAACUGUAGCUGUUGGUUAUCAUGAAAAUACACUCUCUGCAGAGAUAUUAAAGUGUGUUGCCAGUAGUAAAAAGUAAAUGGUGAAAUUCUGUUAAUUCUUGCAACAGCUUAAAAAAAAAAAAAAAAAAAAAGCCUGUGUCAAGGAGAGCGAAUUCUCAACCUUUUUAAACACUAAUGGUGUUGUUUCAGAGUGGCUCUUGGUGCAAUGCUCUGCGUGUCAUGGGACCCAGUUCUGCAAACACUUAUACAUGUCCCCAUGGGAGGUCUGGGCUGGCCAGUGAAGGCUGCUCAGGGGCUUGCUGUAAAAGCACAUGUAUAAAUCUUUGUGAAAUUGAAGCAUGGUUCAAUCAGGGCCAGAUCCUGACCGUAACUGGGCAGCUGGAAAAAUGUCGGGAUUCACCAGGGCAGAAGCCUUGGGCAGGUGGAGAGGAUUUGGCCCAUUGAAACAAUUCUGCUGUCCCAGAAACUUGACAAUUGCAGAACGGGAUAUGCACUCUUACAGUUUCCAUUUCUUCCCUCCCCAUCAUCACAGGCAGCAGCAGAGUCCACUGUGGGCUCUGGCCAGUGCUAAUGUGAAAAGCAAGGGGAAUGAGCAUGCCACCAGAGUGGAGGCAGUAAUUUCCUUUCCUCAUAGCAAAAUGGGAAUUUUUUGAUGCAGAUAUACAUAUGUGCACACACAUCCCCAGGCAGAAGUGUCUGUUAGCACACAAAGAAGUUAUGUGUGCAUUUUUUUUAAUGUGUAUGCCUACGUGUCCACUUGAUUCCCUGUCCUGAGGACAGCCUUGCUUUGUGCCCAUGGGAAAUUCCAAACGCGUUGCACACCUCUACUCCAGAGUUCAAUUUCUUUUACAUAGACGACCUCGCUUCAGAUGUGUUACCUUUACUGAUAGGAUCUUUUCUUGUAGCACUAUACCUUGUGGGAAUAUUUUUUGAUGUAAACCUAAUUUGAGAAGCUUAUUAAAAAUAGAAACUUUUUUUGAAGCACUCACAUUGAGGAGUACAGGUAAUGUUUUAAAAAAUUGCACAAAAGAAAAAUGAAUGUUGGAAUGAUUCAUUCAGUGUUUGAAAAAGAGAUGGCUCUGUUUGAACAGUGAGUUUCAUACCUUGUUUGUAAAAAAAAAAAGUUUUUAAAUACAAAAGCAGAGAAAGGUUGAAAGUUACAUGUUUUUUGUAUAUAGAAAAUGUCAUGUCUAGAUGAUCUGAUUUGUAUUGGCUCUGGCCAGGAAGAAUUAUUACUUAAAAGGCUCUUAAAGAACAACUGUGCUUAAUUUUCUGUUCGUACUACAUGGGUCCCAUUUCUAGGGAAUGGAGUCACAUUGUUUAUUCCUGUGCUGAAAAUACACCUUGGAGCAGCAAUUCUUGAGUGCAGCUACUGGGCACUUCAAAGGGUGGCUUCUGUGCAAAACUAGAGUCUCACUCUCCAGUUGUAUUUUGGCUUUAAGUCUCUUCUGCCUGCGCUGUGGGAGCCCCUGGCAGCCCAGAGGUCAAGGCCGGUUUCGAGGGAGGCCUGGCCCGGCUGGCCCGAGUGUGGGGACCCUGCUGGUGCUGGCAGCCCUCGGGCUGAGAGGCGCUGCUGGCUGAGCACAACCUGCGUAGUUUCCGCCUGAGGCCUUUUGGGCCCAUCUUUUCUCUCUCUGGGGAUGCUGUUCCAUGUUUUUUCAGCACUUCCUGUUCCAGAUGAAAUCCAAAGAGUACAACCCUGAGCUAGAAGUGCUUGUAACGGGGUAUCCUUGCCUAGCACUAGCAGCAGAAUGGUACCCGAGGCGACCCGGCCUUCCAGCCCCUGUCACUGCCCCUCUCCCCCGCCGCUGCUGCCAGAGCAGCUGGUCACACAGAGCACGGUUCCGAUGAUGGUCUUGACCGAUGGCAAGACUGAUGUUUUUCAGAACCAAAAGGAGAGGAUCCUGAAGCAGUUUUCUGAAGAGAGGAUCCUUUUCCUGUCCAAAGAUUGAGCUGGGCAGCUGGGAGCUGGUGGCAGGGUGGAGAGAGCAGAAAGUUUCAGGCUGCUCCCAUCUCCCUCCCCGGAGGUGAACCAAGCUUCAGCUCCCACCGGCACAUGGAGUGGGAAUUCUCGCCCCAUGCAGGUGACCCCUGGGCGCUCAGAAACCAGCCCCAGUUGUGUUACGGUGAAGUGCAUUCAGCCAACAGGUAGUAUUUAUACAAUAGCAGUCUCUAGGGUUUCUGUAGGUUUUUUUCUUCUUGUUAGCUGAAAGGACUCAAGUCUUCCACUGAGGAUUUUAUGGAGGCUUCAUCCAAGGUUGUUUCUUUUUUGUUAGUUUCUGUUUUGAGCAGUUAAAGCUCCUGUGCCCUUUCCCUCGACCACGCAGUAGGUGUGCAUUGGAAGUGUUGUUUGCAGCAAGCGGAGUCACUCGUUGAAGCCGUCCUUGCUGUACUACGGGAUUGGUGAUGGGCAGAAACUUCAGAGCCCAGGUCCUCAGCCAGGGUGGAGCCAGGGUGGGACCACUGGCUCCGCGGGCAGUGCAGGUCUGCCCCUUCACACCCGCUGGCAAGGGGAUUCCACCCUGGAAUGUGCUUUAAAAGUCCAGGUACCCGGGUACUCUCCCAUUGAACAAGCUCUGCAGAAUUCUUGUUCCGUCGGGUUUGGAUCUGGGCAGCUGAGAGCAAAAACGGGCCGGGGGUGGCUGCAGGUGGCUUGGUCUGUGUCUUCAGCCGGGCCAUCACGCCGGGCGCUUUGCAAAGUUACUAAUCUGGUAAGGCAUAGAUGCAACUCUUCACGACAGUCAGCUAAUGUUGAAACUCACUAAUGUAUGUAUUUGCUCCUUUUUUUUUUUUUUUAAUAAUAUAUUAACUUGUUGAACACUGUUCUUUUCACAGUGUUCAAAAGUGGGGGCGGGGGAAUUUCCCAACCUUUUUCAGUUUGGGUGAGCUACUGAAAUCCAUUUUGUACUAGCUAUGUCACCGCUCCCGGCAGCAGCUGGCAGCGGCGCUUGGCCGAGCCGGGGUCAGGUCCAGCCAUUUGACAUCAGUAGUUUUUAAAGUAUUUUUUUAUUUUAAUUGUCUGGUAUUACUAUUGAGGGUUGUUGCAAAUCACACUUCCAGUGUAGUUCCUAGUGUAGGCCCAGUAAAAGGGAUAUUGCAGCUUUGUGUUGGGGAGAAAUUGAGCUGACAUGGCCAGUACAAAGGAGAAAAUAGGGAGGGAAUAACGUUUUGCACCUUAUUGAAAAGAGGAGAAGAUUUUAAGUGCAUACAGACAUAGUUAAGAGCUUUUAUUGUGACAGGAGAACUUUUUUCCAUAUGCGUGCAUACUCUCUGUAAUUCCAGUGUAAAAUAUUGUACUUGCACUAGCUUUUUUAAAACAAAUAUUAAAAAAAUGGAAGAAUUCAUAUUCUAUUUUCUAAUGGUGGUGUGUCUAUUUGUAGGAUACACUCGCGUCUGUUUAUUGAAUUUUAUGGUCCCUUUCUUUGAUGGUGCUUGCAGGUUUUCUAGGUAGAAAUUAUUUCAUUAUUAUAAUAAAACAAUGUUUGAUUCAAAAUUUGAACAAAAUUGUUUUAAAGAAAUUGUCUGUAUACCAGUACAAGUUUAUUGUUUCAGUAUACUCGUACUAAUAAAAUAACAGUGCCAAUUGCAA